GCCGCCGCGACUUGAGGGCGCGCGCCGAGCUCCGCGGCUGCCCCGCGCCAGCGCAGCGCUCAGCACCGCGCAUCGCUCCGCGCCCGGCUCCGGCUGCCGGCGUCUCCCCGCGCCCUUCCCCAGCCACGAGUGGAAUUACCGCGGCGUAGCCUGGAUCGGAUCGCCCCUUUCUGUGCCCCGCAGGAAAUUAAGAUUUCAAGGAAAGCUUUAAAAGGGGAGUUUUCCAGGAAGGAAAUAAUAUUUUUGCAGUGUGGGGUGUUCUUUUUGGGUUUGGUUUUUUUUUUUUCCCAAUGAAGAAAACCAUCUGAAUCGCCUGACGUUUCUACGGUAGCGUAACUCGUGUCCUUGCAGCGCAGGAGGAAUUCUUUCCUGCAUUACAAAUUUGGAAGAAGUGUUAAAAAGUGAGAGUCGGAUAAUGGUUCUCUCAAAGAGGCGUGGAUGUAUCAGGAUGUAGCUACUCUACAAAGUUUAUACUCGGAUAAUUCUGGACAGGAAAAAGCAGCCCCGUUCCUGACCUCCUGAAGAGGCUACCAUCCUUCAGGCCUCAGCAUAAUGAAUAGUUUCCAUCACGCGGCGCUGAAGUUACCACCUCCGACUACUACGCUGCACAGAAGCGUUUGUAAGAGUUACAAAGGAAGUAAUUCCUGCUAAAGGCAUUAAAACCAAACAAAAGAGGCUCUUCAUUCACAGACUUUACACGAGGACAAAACUAGAGGGAAGCUGAAGCUUUUCUGCGCCCGGGCCUGGUGUGCUUAUGUACCAUGAUAAAUCUUGGUUGGAAUGCUCAUUGAGUACCGUGCCAGGAGCCAGGAAACACACACCACCGAGAAGGACCGUCUGAGUAAACACCGCCGAGAAAAACACAGCUCCAUGGAGUAAACCGUAAGAGCGACUCGCGAGAAAGACAUUCUCUUACUGGAUAUCCUCAAGCACAAAAUUUAAUCAUACCUUUAAAUACGAUUGUUGAAGAUCAGAACUGUAUACAAAUCUCAUCAUUCCUGACCAUGAUUAGUGUAACCUGGAGCAUCUUCCUAGUUUGGACUAAAAUAGGGCUAUUACUUGACAUGGCACCUUAUUCUGUUAGUGCCAAACCAUGCCCUUCAGUAUGUCGCUGUGAUGUGGGUUUCAUAUAUUGUAAUGAUCGCGAUUUGACGUCUAUUCCUACAGGAAUCCCAGAGGAUGCUACUACCCUCUUCCUUCAGAACAAUCAAAUAAAUAAUGCUGGGAUUCCUUCAGAACUGAAGAACUUGCUUAGGGUGGAAAGAAUAUAUUUAUACCACAACAGCCUAGAUGAAUUCCCCACUAACCUCCCUAAGUACGUUAAGGAACUGCAUUUGCAGGAGAAUAAUAUAAGGACCAUUACUUAUGAUUCGCUUUCACAAAUUCCUUAUCUGGAAGAACUGCAUUUGGAUGAUAAUUCCGUUUCCGCUGUUAGCAUCGAGGAUGGAGCUUUCCGGGACAACAUCUAUCUCAGACUUCUUUUUCUCUCUCGAAAUCACCUUAGCACCAUUCCCUGGGGUUUGCCUAAAACGAUAGAAGAGCUACGCUUGGAUGAUAAUCGUAUUUCCACGAUUUCAGAGCUGUCCCUUCAAGACCUUACAAAUCUAAAACGCCUUGUUUUAGACGGAAAUCUUCUAAAUAAUCAUGGAUUAGGAGACAAAGUCUUCAUGAAUCUAGUCAAUCUUACAGAACUGUCAUUGGUCCGCAAUUCACUCACAGCCGCGCCGGUAAAUUUGCCGGGGACAAACCUAAGAAAGCUUUAUCUUCAAGAAAACCACAUCAACCGUGUGCCACCCAAUGCUUUCUCUUACUUAAGGCAGUUGUAUCGACUAGAUAUGUCCAAUAACAAUCUUAGCAAUUUACCUCAGGGUGUCUUCGAUGAUCUGGACAACAUAACACAACUGUUUCUUCGCAACAACCCUUGGCACUGCGGGUGCAAAAUGAAAUGGGUACGUGACUGGCUGCAGUCGUUGCCUUUAAAAGUUAACGUACGUGGACUGAUGUGUCAGGCACCAGAAAAAGUACGUGGAAUGGCUAUCAAAGACCUCAACGCGGAACUGUUCGAUUGUAAGGACGAUGGCGUGAUAAGCACCAUCCAAAUCACUACUGCGGUACCAAACACGCUAUACCCGGCCCAGGGACACUGGCCGGUUUCUGUGACCAAACAACCAGACAUCAAGACUCCCAACCUAAACAAAAACUACAGAACCACAGCAAGCCCGGUACGCAAAAUCAUUACAAUAUUUGUGAAAUCCGUAAGCACGGAGACCAUUCACAUCUCCUGGAAAGUUGCACUACCAAUGACUGCUUUGAGACUGAGCUGGCUCAAGAUGGGUCACAGCCCUGCCUUUGGAUCUAUAACUGAAACGAUAGUUACAGGCGACAGAAACGACUAUUUGCUCACGGCCCUCGAACCCGAAUCGCCAUACCGUGUAUGCAUGGUUCCCAUGGAAACCAGCAACAUCUAUCUCUCCGACGAAACGCCCGAAUGCAUCGAGACCGAGACGGCACCUCUGAAGAUGUACAACCCUACCACGACCCUCAACCGGGAGCAGGAGAAAGAACCUUACAAAAACUCCAGCUUGCCCUUGGCCGCCAUCAUCGGCGGCGCGGUGGCGCUGGUGGCCAUAGCGCUGCUGGCCCUGGUCUGCUGGUACGUCCACAGAAACGGGUCCCUGUUCUCCCGGAACUGCGCCUACAGCAAGGGACGCCGGAGAAAAGACGACUACGCCGAAGCGGGAACCAAGAAGGAUAACUCCAUCCUAGAAAUCAGGGAGACUUCUUUCCAGAUGAUACCAAUAACCAACGACCAAGUGUCCAAGGAGGAAUUUGUAAUACACACCAUUUUCCCACCUAACGGCAUGAAUCUGUACAAGAACAGCCACAGUGAAAGCAGUAGUAACAGGAGCUACAGAGACAGUGGUAUUCCAGAUUCAGAUCAUUCACACUCAUGAUACUGAAGGACACGAAAGACUGGUUUGGGUUUUGUUGGUUUUUUUGGUUUUGUUUUGUUUUUUAAAGAAAACGAGAAAAGACUGACUUAACGGUUGCUGUUCUACUGCAAAACACUGGAUUAAAAGACUGACAAAGCAAUGUACUGUACAUUUGCCAUAUAAUUUAUAUUUAAGAACUUUUUAUUAAAAGUUUCAAAUUUCAGGCUACUGCUGCGAUUAAUGUAGUGGGGAUACCUGACCACAAUUCUAUAUUUUAGUAUUUUUUAGUAAUUUGUACUGUAUUUUCCUUGCUAAUAUUGAAGUUACAGACCAUUUAACUUUUGUGUUCUACUGAGUAAGAUGACUUGUUGACUGUGAAAGUGAAUUUUCUUGCCGUGUCAAGCAGUCAGAACAUUCAUCUGAGAUCCUUGUAAGUGUAAGCACAGGCCAUUUUUCACUUUGGUAUCAAUAAAAUAAUGUUGAACCUGGCAAAUCAGGAAGAUCAAGAAGUGGUUGCAAAAACUCACAGAACUUUCAAUGUUGGGUCUAUUAAAUCUGUAAACCACAACAAUAUUCAAUAAACAAAAAAAUUGCGUGUAGUAAUGGGCAAUAUCAGCUGUCUGGAUAUAUCCAUUCAACAAUGGUGAAAUCCAAUUUAAAAGAGAAUAAUCAAAUAGAUGACAUGCAUGAGACUGAAGCUGUUGGCACGUGUUUAAAAAAAAAAAAAAAGAAUUGAUCUCUGGAAGAAAGCAUAAUCAAACUCCUAACAAGGAAUUUAAAAAAAAAAUGUGCUAGGCUCUGAAACCAAGGGGGUCGAUACGGUUUAGGGAUAGAUUUCUGGUUAUCAAAACCAGUAGUGUGCUUAUUACAGAGAAAACAGUGACGGAUGGUCACAGGCAUUUGGGAGGCAAGGGCAGGAGGACGGAGACAACGCUUAGAAACUGCUUUGAACAGAAAAAGGGCUGAAAGUGCAGUUUCCUAAGAAAAAAAGAACAGGACAAAAAACCCCAGUCAAUAUAAGCAAGGUCUCAAAAACUCGAGUGACGAAGGUAAACAGACAGUUGGGGAAUACAGCCGUUUCAAAGUGUAUACUCAAACAGUAUACAGGUAUGUGUUCAGUAUACUGCCAUUACAGUCAGGAAUACUGCCCAUUACUGUCACAGGUUUCCAGAAAUUCCUCGAUAAAUCUGUAAGGUAACAUGUUUUCUUUCUGCCUUCCUACUGAACUAUGAGCUAUUUCAUGUUUAAACCCCAAGCCACUCUUUGUUGCCAUAAUCAUUUGUUUCUUCAACUAAAAACCAAAGUGCUUUGUACGCCCUUUGGCCAGUCUUGUAUGUGCCUUGAUCCAACGCUACAUGUAUCAAGCUUUUAAAAACGAAAAAAAAGGAAAAAAAAAUAAAAUACCCACUUUUUCAUAUGUCA